GAAUAGCCUUCCCCUGCAUCCUCUACCUUGCCCGCCUCAAGCAAGCCCUACAAAUUUGGUUCUUGGCUCCAGCCCUCAGGUUAGGGGGUCUGGUGAACCUUUUGGGUUGGAGAUGUGGGAAGGUAGUUUUUAUUUGGGAUGACUGUGUUCUUUUUAUAUAACGUUGUCUUCUUGCUUUUUAAUUUUGUGAAGCCACCUAGAGUCAUUUUGGAGCUGGGCAAACUUGAUAAAUGAAUGCAAAGCAAUUCACAGUAGGCUUAGCACCACUGAUAUGGCUAUGAACUGUGGUUUAGGGCCAUAAUAGACUGGAUCUACAAGGUGGGGUUUGGAAUUGUUUGGAAUGGGGAAAAAAAGUCAUGAGAAAUGCUUGAAAAAAGAAAUAAAUGCCCCACCCAUAUAAACCAGCCACAGAGAAGCCACCCACUCAGGAACAAGAGGUAAAAGAACUUUUCUAGGUACAGAAGAUGCCUUCUGCACUAGAGAGGAAACCUGUGAAUCCCAGUCUACUGGGAGGUUUUGAAAUGGCAAAUGGUAUCGCUUUAGUGCCAGUUAGGACAGCUUUUGGAAAGGAAACAAGUAUAUUAAUAAAGAAAUGAAGACACAGACAGACAGACAGACAGACAAAUCAGCAUCACACUUUUCCCACUCUGAGACCAGAACGAAUAUAAACAGAAAAGAGCGGGCUGUGGUAAAGGUGGAGGGCUAGCCUGGACAGCUGGCAAGGGCCUUGGUUACAUCUGCUGGAGCACCACAGGCCAGAACUGCUCUCUUGUGAUGGAUUGUACUUGCAGGAUUUGAUUUUAUGUGAUUGCUUAUAAUUCAAAAACAUUGGAGGGUAAACACUUAGCAAAGAGCUUUAAACUUUUUUUUAAAGAUUAACUACAGCAAUUUAGUAAUGGCAUAAGCUUCAGUCCACAACGCUUGCACCAUAUCAGUGUGCUAGAGUUUAAGCUGCCAGAGUGCUUCACUGUUUUCUCAAAGCACUCUUCGUUAGUUCCAAACUGAUCAGUAUUUUACUUAAAUUGUCAAUCUCUCAAUCUCAAUCUUGUCCUCUUAGAAGGCAUGCUCAUAACUCUGUGCCUGAGCAUUACUGGCUCAAUCUUAUGCAGGAGCAUCAAAGGAAGCAACUCCUGUAGAGUUCAGUGGAGCUGAUGUACUCCCUGGGGGGUCUUUAGGCUCCAGUGAACUCUGAGUGGACUUCUGGGGUGGUGUGCAUCGGAUGACAAGAAAUACUUGAUUAUGGAAUUCAGAAGGGUGGGGUUUUAAAGCAAAAGCCAGAGUCUUGCGGAAUCUUAAUGAGAGUCAGAUUUGCUUUUCCUGUUUAGACCACAAACCUGUCAGAGCAACAGAAAGAAAAGUAGCCACUUGCAUCUACAAUACACUAUAGCCCUAGCUAGAUUUACCCGUCGUAUUUUAACUACAUAGGGUCGCCAUGCGUCGUAAACGACUCGACGGCAACUAACAACAGAAGGGAAGAAUCUCAAACUCUAUGAUUAAUCAUAAAGGCAUAUGCACAUGUCAGUUACAGGGAAAAUGUUCUCUUUUCCUGGCAAUGCACUUGCCCUUAAGAAUUUGAAGAAUUUGCUCGACGCGAGCCACGAGCUCUCCUUCGUAGUUCAGCCGCGGUAGGUGAGAAAUGGGGACGAAGCCUCAGGGGGAAGUAGCUGAACUGCAGAGUUGCGUCCUUUUUCACUGGCGGAGUCAAGUUCGGGCUUUUAGAAAUGGCCCAGGUUCCCUGGUCCAGCCACCGUGACCGCAGUCCCGACUACUAGAACCGACUAAAACCCACGCGGCCCACGAAAGCAAAGGAGAACGGCGUGGGGAAGAGAGAUCCGACGCCCGCCCCGUUCUAUGGCUGAAGCAAGACGAAGGUCCCUCCGGCGAAGAACUCCGACCUUCCAGCGCGCCAAAGGGCUUUUCUCCCGGAGACGGACAGGCAACUUCUGCCGCCCUGCAGGCCCGGGGCUGGCGGGUGCCCGAGAACGGCCGCAAUCCAAGCCAGAGUUCCGUGGGAAUCCUCGCCUCGUGCCCAGCAGCCGGGCUCAACCGUCUCCCCGUGGGAAGGCCAGCCUGAUCGGGACGAGCGCAGGCGCUUCGGCUGCGCCGGCAGGUCUCGCUUGCCUGCGGCUGCGGUUGCCAUCGCCCGAGGGAGCUCUGUUGGUUAAGAUCUAAGAAGAAUUUUAUGGUACGAAGAUGGCAUCAACAAAUAUUACGCGUUCUCCUUUUGUGGAACUCGAUGAAUGCAGACAAAGAAGCCCUUUUGAAAGGAUGAACACUGAAAUCUACCUUUACAGAGAUAUUGAAUGUACAGAGAAAGAAAUAAUUAGAAAAAGUAAGCAGAGUCUGAGGUCAUAUGAACGGAGCACCAUUUCCUCAAGAGCCCGAUCUCGAAAGGCUUUGAGAAAACUAGAAGAAGCCAUUGAACAAGAAGCAACAGCAACAAUGGAAAAAGAUGUUCCUGCUCUGAACUGGGCUCUUGCUUUUGCAAAGUGUUGUCAAAGUGACAAACAAUCUAUAGCAGAUUACAUCAGUGAAGAGAAGGAGCUAUUUCUAUUGGAGUACUCCGUUAAAGUAAAACAGCGCACCAUGGCAAAGCUGGAGAAGAUGGCAGCAAAGGAGGAGAGGAGAACCAGAAUUGCUGAAACAAAAUUAGAAGAAGAUACCCUUGCAUUUGAGGAGUUUCUCAAAGAAAAUGAUAGGAGCUCUGUAGAUGCCCUUAAAUUGGCAACUCAGGAAGCAAAAUCUAAAAUGGAAGUGACAACAGAACUGAGGUCAGCAAUGAAUGAACUGUUCUCUCUUAAAAGUGAAAUUGUGAACACCGAAGAUCUUUUGAAGCUGUAUUUUUCCUACGAAGCCUUUUUGUUCAGUAUUUCUCCCAAAGCAUGGCAAGAGCAACAGAUGGCAAAGAGGAAGAAAGACAGGAAAAAAGGCCACUCAAAAUCAAUAAUUUCUUUCCCAUUAACUCCUGAUAAAACUAAGCCAGUGCCAACCUCUACUUUAGUACAAAAUAGAUUAAGUAAGUAUGUGUGUGUUAUUUGGCUACCACCUUUAAACAAAUGGGCACAUCAUAAAGAGUCCCAGCCUGCCAAGAAAACGGUACUAGGGAAAUCAGCCUCAGUCAUCUUUAGCAAUAAUGAGGAAAAGAAGAAAGUUUCACAGACCCAAGGAGACUAUAGGUUCUUUAGAAAGCCAUCACGAAUAAUACCAGACCCAAAAUUAUUCAUGGAUGAGAAAAAUAAAUCAGAAAGUAACAGCUGUCUAAGUGAACAAAGUGUCUCUCUAUCUUCAGAAGAUAAUUUUUGCUUGGAUGAUAUCCAGAAUAGUGAGGAGGAGCCAGAGAUAUAUUUCAAAGACCCAGAAGAGAUACUUCAGAUGUUCAGAUAUCUUGAAGAGCAAAACCUUUCAUUGUUCCAAAACAUUCAAGAUAUUAGUGGUACAUUGGAGGAAAGCCAGCAGAGAGAAAAAAUAGUUAAGCAGCACAUGGAACAAAAAAUAAAGCACCUUGUAGACCAAAAAGAAGCCCUAAUAGCUGCUGGCCUCAAAGAAGAUGGGAAAAGUGCUGAAUUGGUGUUAAAAGCAAACAUGUUUUCUGCAGGAGAAUAUAAUCCAGUAUCCAUGAAUAAAACACUGGAUUCACUUACUAAAAAAGUAGCAGAAGUAUACAAAGUUUGCUGUGGAACUGAUGAAAUAUCCAGCAUGACCUCAUUCCAAAUGCUAAAAAACAUAGAAUUACGAGUUUCAGAACUCUGUGAGAUGUUUGAAAUACUUCCAAAAGAAUAUCUUGAGAUCAUUGAAGUCACUGAAAAGCUCAGGGCAAAAGAAAGACGACAAAGGGUGCGUGAAGACAAAUUGAAAGAACUCAGAAGAAUUCAGGAAGAACGGCUGAAGCUUGCGCUUGAGAGAGCAAUUGCAGAACCAAAGAAAAGGAUGGGAAGAAAACUAGUUUACCGGUCACAGCCUCCAAAGACUAAGCAAGAAGCACAAGAAGUUAUAGAUGCAACUACAAAAAGUGAAGAUGAUUACUACUUUACUUGAAUUUUUUUGUAAAAUGUAUUUUUGGACUAGUUAUAGAGCUCAUUCCUAGCUUAGUGCAACAGUCACACAAAGUAAAUGGUGACAGAAUAAAUAUGAUCCUGUUUGCUUUAAAACUUUUGAACUAAGACUAAAUAAUCCUGGUUUUAGGAACUAUCACCCCUGUUGUUUAUUUUUCAUAUUGAUUGUUUCUUUCAACAAUAUGUAGUUUUCUGCUCCCAAGUUUAAAGUUACAUGAAAUUUUUUAGAAAGCUAUAACUGAAUAUAUAUUUAACACAAUAAAAAAAACCACAAGAUUUUCCAGCAUUAUUCUCUCAUUUCUCCAUCUUCUUCUUCUUCCUCUACACCCCUUAUAUACAGGACAUUGUUGCACCUGGCAAAAAAGAUAUGUCAUUUUUUAUAUAAUUCACAUGAAUUUAAAAGACUGUUUUCUAUAGGUGGUUUGCAUUCAAAUAUAAUUUUGAAUUCUGUAUUUGGCACUAUGUUUAAUUAAUAUUAAAACUGCCUGUUCAUUGCA